AUGAAUUUCCUCAGCCUCGCCCUCAUCGUUGUCGUCUGUGCCGUGAGCAGCAGUUGGAGCCUUCCCGUGGAGUUGGAUACCGGCGCCAUCAGCCUGCUGGAUCUGGAGGCAGAACAACAACCGCUUGUAGAUGGGACAGAGGCCGAACGUGUGGCACGUGGACUGGGCGGCUUUGGCGGGCUCGGUGGCAAGUUUGGCGGCCUGGGAGGAGGACUGGGUGGGCUCAAGGGAGGAUUUGGCGGAGGACUGGGACACGGCUUUGGCGGCGGCUUCGGCGGACAUGGCUUUGGCGGCGGCUUCGGUAGCUUCAAAGGACUGUUUGACAAGAAAUUCCGAUAA